GUUUAGCUAACAUAAAGCUACCUAGUCUUAUUAGCAGUCACUUUUGACAAACAAUCUAGCUUUCUUAAAAGCUAUACAUGUUGUUGGUCUCCAGAAUGUGUUCGAAGUCUUAAAAGUUCAAAACUCUUGCAAAUUUGAUAAUUGCUCAAAUAUUUGUCUUAGUUAUAUACUUUCAUGCAGGUUUUCUUGUACCAUGGGAUUAAAUAUAAAUGGUAGGUGGGAGAUUUAGCCAUCAAUAUUUGAAAUGGUAAUGGGUACCUUAUCUACUAAGUUAUGUUUGGAUUGACUGUAAUAGAUAUUUUAUUUCACUAAUGCGGUCAUUUUCUACUUAUCUAUUGAUGCGUUAUGGGUUCGUUAUUGGGUUUUCAAAUUAAAAGUAGAAAGACAGUGCAAGAUUAGUCAUGUAUCAUUCUUUUUGUUUGAUAUCAUAGUUCUGAUUGCUGAUACUUGGUUUUUUCUCCCCAUGUUGAAUCGAAUAAUAAUUCUUUUGGCAAGCUAAGACAAACUUUGCCACACAGGUUGAUUAGGACAUGUCCAUGAGCAAAACGAUAUGAGUGAGACUAAACGAGCCAAGAGGGUUUGUAUCACUUUGCUGUGCGUUCAUGACCAGGUUGGAAAAUAGAAGAGGAGAAAAAAAGAAAAGAAAAGAAAAGAAAAGAAGAAAGAAAGUGUCUUCAUUUGUGUUGGAGCCUUUGGAUUGUCAUCUUCAAUGGCUGUGAUGUUGAUCAGAAUAAACCAGCAAUGGAGGUGGUGCUGUUGGGGGACCAAGUUUGCAAUAUCUUUAGCCAUUUCAUCAGGCCUUCAAGUUUUCAUUGGGAGGAUUAUUAUGCUGUCUCGACAAAAAGAAAAAAGCUUAGCCCAGCCCCCAUUUGCAAUAGUUCCAGCCUUCUGCUUGUCUUGUGUCUGGUUUUUGGUACAUGAGCAUUUACUGGGAAUGAAGAGAACUGAGGCUACUGCUUCUUGUCUUGUGGCUUCUUUAUUGUUUUGGGCUUCUGCAAUAAAUGGCUUGCUAUCUCCCAAAGGUGUUAACUAUGAAGUUCAAGCUCUGAUGGGUAUAAAAGCUUCACUUCAAGAUCCCCAUGGCGUGCUUGAGAAUUGGGAUGGAGACUCUGUUGACCCAUGUAGUUGGACUAUGGUUACUUGCUCCCCUGACAGCCUUGUCAUUGGCCUAGGGACUCCAAGUCAGAACCUGUCUGGGACUCUUUCUUCAAGCAUUGGGAAUUUGACAAACCUUCAAAUUGUGCUGUUACAGAACAAUAAUAUUACAGGCCCAAUCCCCCCAGAGCUUGAGAGGCUCUCAAAGCUCCAAACACUUGAUCUAUCAAGCAAUUUCUUCACAGGGAAAAUUCCUUCUUCUUUAGGCCAUUUGAGAAGUCUACAGUACUUGAGGCUUAACAACAACAGUCUUUCUGGGGUAAUUCCAAUGUCUGUAGCUAACAUGACACAGCUUGUGUUUCUUGAUGUGUCUUAUAACAAUAUCAGUGGUCCUCUCCCCAGAUUUCCCAGCAAAACGUUCAACAUUGUUGGAAAUCCUCUGAUCUGUGCAACUGGGUCCGAGGUCGGUUGCCACGGUUCAACUCUAAUGCCCAUGUCCAUGAACUUGAACAGUACACAAACUGGUUUACCUGCUGUGAGAUUGAAAAGUCAUAAAAUGGCCCUUACAUUUGGCUUGAGCCUAGCUUGCCUAUGUCUGAUUGUUCUUAUAUUUGGACUGUUCAUAUGGUGGCGAAGACGAAGCAAUCGCCCGACGUUUUUCGAUGUAAAAGACGGACAACAUGAGGAAAUUUCGCUUGGAAAUCUGAGAAGGUUCCAAUUUAGACAACUUCAGAUAGCAACAAACAACUUCAGCAGCAAGAACAUACUAGGAAAGGGAGGUUUUGGAAAUGUUUACAAAGGAAUUCUUUCAGAUGGAACGGUUGUAGCUGUUAAAAGGCUCAAAGAUGGCAAUGCAAGUAGAGGUGAUAUCCAGUUUCAGACUGAAGUCGAGAUGAUCAGCCUAGCCGUGCACCGUCAUCUCCUCCGACUGUACGGGUUUUGCAACACACCAACCGAAAGGAUUCUUGUUUACCCGUAUAUGUCUAAUGGAAGCGUUGCAUCACGUCUCAAAGGAAAACCGGUAUUAGACUGGGGAACAAGGAAGAGAAUUGCUAUAGGAGCUUCAAGGGGAUUGUUAUACCUCCAUGAACAAUGUGACCCAAAGAUCAUACAUAGAGACGUUAAGGCUGCAAACAUAUUGCUCGACGACUACUGCGAAGCUGUCGUUGGAGAUUUCGGGUUGGCAAAGCUUCUCGACCACCAAGAUUCACAUGUCACAACUGCUGUGAGAGGCACCGUGGGUCAUAUAGCUCCUGAGUAUCUCUCGACUGGGCAGUCAUCCGAGAAAACAGACGUUUUUGGAUUCGGAAUUCUACUCCUUGAACUGAUCACAGGGCAGAAAGCCCUUGAGUUUGGCAAAGCAGCUAAUCAGAAAGGAGGCAUUCUUGAAUGGGUGAAGAAGAUUCACCAGGAGAAGAAGCUGGAAGUGCUAGUGGACAAGGAUCUGAAAGCCAACUAUGACAGAGUUGAGCUAGAGGAGAUGGUUCAAGUGGCUCUGUUGUGUACACAAUACCAACCAGGACACAGACCAAAGAUGUCAGAAGUUGUCAGAAUGCUUGAAGGAGAAGGGCUUGCUGUCAGAUGGGAAGCUUCUCAGAGAGUUGACUCAACAAAGUGCAAACCUCAUGAUUUCUCUUCAUCUGACAGAUACUCUGAUCUCACAGAUGACUCAUCCUUGUUGGUCCAAGCCAUGGAGCUCUCUGGUCCAAGGUGAAAAUCCCUUCUUCUUUCUUUAUCAGUUCUUGAAGAGUUUAGUAUUAUGAGAAAAUUUUCAUAGAUUAAGCUUUUGAAAGUUUGUUGUAUCAUAUUAGAGCGUUGAAGCUCCACAACGGUUUUGUUAUUCUCUCGUUCUCUAAUUGUAUAGAUCCGUUUGAUAACGAUUUUGUUUGAGUUUUCUGUUUCAAAAAAUUAAGCUAUGCUCUCUUUGUUUAGUUUUUCUCACUUUCGAGCGUUUUUGAAAGCUUAGCCAAAUUUCAAAGACAGUUUUUUCGAACUCUCAUUUGAAAAAAAUUUGGCUACGGUUUCAAAAACGACUACUAAACGAGCAUAAUUUUCAAAAACAGAAAACAAAAAAACAAGAACGUUAUCAAACAGAUUGUCGGUUUAUGGGUGUUUCGGAUAGAAUCCUUAGUUAUGAUAAAGAGUUGAAACAUUUUUAUUAUGAUAAAGUGUUGGUACAAUUCA